UAAAAUUGUCAAGUUAUUCAUCAGCAAACCUGUAUUUUUUAGAUUAUUUUACCAAAUUAUCUGUUAAAUUAUUUUCAGUAUUAUAGUGAUUAUAGAUGUUAUAUUAAAAAUAAAUAAUUUACAAAAUUCAACUAAAAAUUUAGCAUUUAGUUCAAAGACAAAACAUGCUAAAUGUUUGAACGAGAUGGGUUCGAAACCGCAAAUAUAUCAUGAAAAACAAGUAAAAGAAUUGUGUGCAUUGCAUGCGUUGAAUAAUUUAUUUCAGACAAGGAACACAUUUUCGAAGUCCGAAUUAGACACAAUUUGCAGUAGGCUAUCUCCAAAUGUAUGGAUUAAUCCUCACCGCUCAAUGCUGGGUCUUGGCAACUAUGACAUUAAUGUAAUCAUGGCUGCUCUUCAGAAGAAAGGUUGUGAGGCUGUGUGGUUUGAUAAAAGAAAAGAUCCUGGAUGCUUAGACCUUUCAAACAUAUGUGGGUUUAUUUUGAAUGUGCCAUCAGAUUAUAAGCUGGGUUUUGUAAUGUUGCCUCUUCGACGACGGCAUUGGAUCACUAUCAGACAAAUACAGGGCAACUUUUACAAUCUCGACUCUAAGUUAGAUUCACCACAAUUAAUAGGAAGGAGUAGUGAUUUAAUAACAUAUUUAAAAGAGCAAUUAGACAGCAAAGAAAAGGAAUUGUUUGUUGUUGUAAGUAGAGAGGUUGAAGAAAAACAAUUGUGGAUGCAUCAGUACACACUGAACAACCGAGGGCAGGACACACUUUCCAAUCAGAAGGGUGUUGAGCCGCUAUGUGGUAGUCCAGAUGAUAGCCUGUCUUCUGAUUACAACAACCGUGAUUCCGAAUGUCUGCGGUUAAAUGAGGUCAGAAACUGUUUUGUUAACAAUGAAAACUUUUAAGUGCUUCCAUUGCACAUUGGUUCGGUUGUGUGUUUGUGUGACUAAUCAACGUAAGAUAUUAGUAAAGUGAUAAGAAUUUGUCAUCUAUUAUUUUAUCCAUAUUUAGUAACUGUUAUAGCUACACCAUAAACAAAUUAAUAUUUAUCAAAACAAUAUUACAAGAAAGUCAUAGUCAUAUGCAUAAUUAUGUAGAUACUCAAAGGCAUAUAAUCCAAAGUUCAAUUUUAAAAUAUUGUAUGUAGAUAUACAUAUGGGUGUUUUGCUAUAAAGGACUACACAACUCCGUGAUUUUAAAUACAAUAUAUAUAUUAAGUACUUAAUUUUGAAUGUUAUUUAUAAAUUAUAAGUUUUUUGUUUCUUGUUAUAUCAUUAUUUUGUUUAUUUUUUUUAAAGUAGCAUUUAAUUAAAUUGUUGAAUAUUAGUUAAAAAUUACAUAACAGAUAUCUCAUUUUGAAUGAGAGCAAUAUAAAGGCCUAAAGUAAAUUAGAUCUCUAAGGGACUGAAUAUUUGUAAUUCUAAUAGACGUUUAUGUAUAUUUAAUAGGAUGUAAUAUUAAUAUCUAUAGUCUUAAAUAAAAUUAUUAUUUACAUAAUAUUUUGGUCAGUUAUAUGCAAGAUGUUUCAUUGAAAGUAUAUAAAAAGUAUUUUGAUCUUGUAAAAAUUGCUAUCUAUAUUAAAAAUAAUGUUCGUCAAUCAAUUAACUUAAAAAUGUUUUAGUCGAGUAGGUUUUGAACAAGUCAUUUUUGAAUAAUCAGAUAAACAAAUUAAUAUGUAGAUGACUUAAAGGAAAUAUUGGUAAAAUACUAAUUGAAUAAGUAAUUUCAUCUCUAUCAGUUAGACACUUGUAUACUUGGAACCAAUAGUUUAUACUAAAAAUAUUUAAUGUCAACAUGCUGUGAAAUUAAAUACUUAUACUCAUGUAGUCAUAUAAUAGACAAGCUUAAAAAAUACUUGUUUAUUUAAUAUUAUUAUGUGUAAUUAAAAGUAGUACGUAUUAUUUAAAUUAAUUAUGUUACAAUUUAAUGAUUGCUGCUUUGCUGAGUAAAAGUCUUAACUUCAGCUAAGAAGAUAUUUUGGAACACCUCACUGCUAGGUGUUCCUUGUUUGUUUAUAUUUGAAAGAAUCUCAUCUUGCAUGCAGUUUCUCCACGAUGUUUUUUUUUAUAGAAUUUUAUGACAACUCAAGCUUAUUCCAAUUCGAAUUCUUUCCGUAAAGAUUGCCUAUUCCAUCUAUUGGAUCAUCUCGGCUGCGUAAAUUCAUUACUUGAAAGUGAAUGUUCAAUUGAUUCAUCAAUUUUAAUUUCACAGCAUAAUAUGAAUUCAAUAUAACGCCAAAUACUAACCAAAAUUCUAAUUAUAGCAUAUAUUUACAUUCAUACUACUGACUUCCACUACCUAAGGGCGUGGACCCAUGUCUACGGUG